AUGCAGGAACUGAGAAUUGGUCUCUUAUUCAAUCGACAGAACACCAGUAGGGCCAAACUCAUUGGAUACUUGAACAGUGCAUCCGCUGUAGAUAUUGCUAUGCAAAGAGUGAGGGAAGAUCAUCUUCUUGAUAAUUUCAAUGUGACAUUCAUCACCGACUUCGAUGACUGCGACGAGAGUCUUGCUAUGGAGGCUACUUCUUCUCUUCUCCUAGAUUAUAAUGUUGAUGCUAUCAUUGGUCCGACCUGUGAUCGACCUGCAUUGACCGCAGCCAUUAUCGCUGCUUAUUUCAAUAUUCCCAUUUACCCAUGGGGGAUGGUCACAACUUCGAAUUUAGCCGGCGCCGAGAUAUAUGCCACUUGUAUAAGUUUGAUGGCAACAACUGAAACAGUGGCUGAAUCUAUCGUAGAGAUUUAUCGAUACUACCAAUGGACUGAAUAUGGCUUCAUUAGUACAGAUACAGAUAAAUGUACUUAUCUUCGUUCCGAUAUACAAAAAGCAUCAGAUCGCGAUAAUGAAACCUAUAUUACUGUUCAAUAUGUGUUGUAUGACUAUUCAGUGGAAUCUAUGAGAGACAUCUUUUCUCGAAUGAAAAAUAGAACCAGAGUUAUCACUAUCUGUCUUCCUGAUGAGCUAUACACUGCGAGAAGGUUUAUGUUGGCUGCUUCUGAUGAAAAAAUGAUAAACGACGAGUUUGUUUUUGUUUUUCUUGUGACGACUGGAAAUGGAUAUGACGAUGUUGAUGAUGAAGGCAAUGUUCGAAAGGUAUGGGUUGAUAUGAAUUCACCGGGAGAUGGACGAGACGAAGAGGCGCGUUUAGCAUUCGAAAAAACAUUUUUUAUUAUAACUUCUAUGGUUAACGCGGACGAACAAUUAGAUUUCAAACAAGAGGUGAUGGAAAGGAUGAAGCUACCUCCUUAUAGUUGUGGAGCCGCAUGUAAUGAAUUAGAGGCUGCUGAUUUGGCUUCGCAGCUUCAUGAUGCUGUUUAUCUUUAUAUGCUUACGUUGAAUAGAAGUGUAGAGGAGUUUGGAUUAGAUCAAAUACGAAACGGAUCUAUGGUUGUCACACUAAGUGAAGACUCCUUUGAUGGGGAAUCUGGACGUGUUGUGAUCGACUCAACAGGACAGCGCUGUCCGAUAAUCAAUUUUGUUAAUUUGAAUCAAUCAUAUGAGGCUCAAGUGGUUUUACAAAUAAGUAUCUGCGAAUUGGAUAAAAAUGUUACUCCAGUUAUAGCGGAGACGUCCAAAGUAUUCCAUGCUUAUGGAGGUAAAACACCUCCUCCUGUUCCUAUUUGUGGUUUCACAGGAAACAAUUGUCCCUUGAACUUUGUGAAAGAUUAUCUGUGGAUUGUCGUCGUGGGCGUGGUGAUUAUCGUAAUUGCAGUAUUAGCUGUUCUUGGUGCGCUGCUUGUAGCUUACAAACAAAAAAAAGAUGAACAAGAGCGACUUAAUAUGGCUUGGCAAAUCCCACUACUACAGUUAUUGAAAAUAACUAAUAAAGCCGGUAUUGAAUCACAGAGAUCAUUACAAAGUGGUCCGAGUACGACUUCGACUAAGAUCACUAUGGAAAGUAGAACGGAAACGAACAGAUUUGCCUUCUUUUUAUACAUGAAGGAGCCCAUAGCAGCGGAAAAAAUUAAUGUGAGACCUCCAUUGCUUAGAGAAGAUAUGUCUUACCUGCGCAAGAUGAGGGAUUUGCAGAGUGAUAACUUGAAUCGUUUCAUCGGCAUGUGCAUAGAAGGACCCAUCUACUACACUUGCUGGAGAUACUGUAGUCGUGGAAGCAUCAAAGAUGUUAUGACAAAAACGUCUAUAACUAUGGAUGGUUUUUUCAUUUAUUGUCUAGUGAAAGACAUAGUGAAUGGACUCUUCUAUAUCCACAAAUCUUUCAUGGGAUAUCAUGGCUAUUUGACUUCUUCUGCAUGUCUAGUUGAUGAUCGCUGGCAGGUCAAAAUAUCAGCAUAUGGAGUACCAUUUCUCAGAGAGAUAGAGAAAAGAACGGAAGAAGAACAACUCUACACAGCGCCAGAAAUUUUGAGAGAUUCCAUGAACAUGGUGGGAUCACCUGAGGGAGAUAUAUACAGUCUGGCAAUUCUGUUCUCAGAAAUGGUAGCAAGAACAUCAGCUUGGAAUUUAGAAAAUAGGAAAGAAGAUGCUGACGAAAUCAUCUUUAUGGUUAAGAAAGGUGGUCGCCAAAAGUUGAGACCAGAAUUGGAAUGCCAUGAAAGUAUCGAAGUCAACCCUGCUCUGUUGGCGCUAUGUCGAGAUUGUUGGGAAGAAGAACCUAGAGACCGUCCUGAUAUAGCAACUAUAAAAAACUUGCUAAGAAAUAUGAAUCACGGAAGGAGCGACAACUUAAUGGACCAUGUGUUCAAUAUGCUGGAGCAGUAUGCAACAACGCUCGAAGAAGAAGUAGAAGAGAGAAUGAAAGAGCUGACAGAAGAAAAAAAGAAGAGUGACCUUCUGUUGUACAGAAUGUUGCCAAAACAAGUUGCAGAUAAGUUGAAGCUUGGACAGUCGGUUCAACCAGAAACUUUUGAAUGCGUCACACUGUUCUUUUCGGAUGUGGUCUCAUUCACAACAUUGGCCAGCAAGUGUACACCUCUUCAGGUUGUAACAUUGUUGAAUGAACUUUACACUAUCUUUGAUAGUGUUAUCGAUGAACAUGAUGUAUAUAAGGUUGAGACUAUCGGUGAUGGAUACUUAUGUGUUUCUGGACUACCUUUCAGAAAUGGAACCGAGCAUAUCAAAGAAAUUUGUAACAUGUCAAUCGGCUUGCUCCGUGGAUUACUACCCUUUCGUGUACCACAUCUUCCGACGGAAAGAGUUAAUAUACGUAUUGGGGUUCACACAGGAUCAUGCGUGGCUGGGGUUGUUGGUCUAACGAUGCCGCGUUAUUGCUUAUUCGGAGAUACUGUUAAUACCGCCAGUCGUAUGGAAAGCAAUGGAAAAGCUGGACAAAUCCAUUUGUCUUCUGACGCCAACGAUUUACUGAGCAUGAACUAUCCACAGUUCAGAACUGAGAGCAGAGGAGAAGUGAUAGUCAAGGGUAAAGGAGUCAUGCAGACAUUCUGGUUGGUGUUCACCCUCUAG